UUGUAUUGGAGUGCCGUGGGUACUGAGGGCAGUGUUGCUUACAUAAAAAGCUCCCUUUUUCAGGCGACGAAAAGGCGCUUUAGCGUUUCCCCAAGUACAAACAUGUCGUCAGAGAACCAAGAGUCGGAGGCGCCAUUGGAGGCGGGAGAGGAGAAACAGCAGGACUCCCAGGAGAAGGACGCCAACCCAGUGAGGUCUGAGGAGGCCAAGCUGAAGGCCAAGUACCCCAACCUGGGCCAGAAACCCGGAGGCUCCGACUUCCUCAUGAAGAGACUACAGAAAGGGCAAAAGUAUUUUGACUCGGGCGACUACAACAUGGCGAAGGCUAAGAUGAAGAGUAAGCAGCUGCCGGUGGCCGGCCCGGAGAAGGGCCUAGUGACGGGCGACCACAUCCCCACGCCACAGGACCUCCCCCAGAGGAAAUCCUCCCUCGUCACCAGCAAGCUGGCUGGAUAGAGCCGAGCCAGGCGGGCGCACACCCCAACGCUACCCUACGCCCACCCUGACCCUGCACCCCGGCCCUUACCCCCCCCCAAUACCCUACCUCUAGCCCCCACCAAAAUUGGAGUACUACUACGCACCCAAACUGCCCCCCAACUGCUAGAGCCGGGCGGGGACACCCCAAUGCUACGCCCACCCUGAUCCUAUACCCCUUACCCCCCCCCAAUACCCUACCUCGAGCCCCACUAAAAUUGGAGUACUACUACGCACCCAAACUGCCCCCCCAAACUAAACAAAAAACACAGCCUGCCCACCUCCCCCCCUCCCCUCCACCGGGUGUCUUCUGAGUGUCUUGAUGCUGAGUGGCGGUCCGGUCUGAUCUGGUCCGACACAUCAGCCCGUUUACGGAAGAUAAAGUGUGGAUAGAAGUGUCUCGGUCGGUCGGUACCCAGUGUUUCCUCCUAUAGAAAACAAAUUGCUCUCCUCUUCUUCUUUUCGUCUCAUCACUGCUCAUAACUGUGUGUUCACCUUCAAGUGUCACCUCAUACUCUGGUUAGAGGCCCUAUCCAUGCUCUCUCUACCCACCCACCCACCAAACCAGGCAAACACCUCUCACGGACUUCAUCCUGUCCCAUUGGGGUCAGCCACAUAACCUUAUCGCAUCGGAUUGUCUUUUAAAAAGCCGUAGUGUAAGCUUAGAGGUGCACAGCUAGGCCUUAUGAAAGGCCCAGAGUACAUACAUACAUACAUACCGUAAGUACAUUCUUCAGUCACAUAAAUAAAUAACCCUAGGUAAGAAUUUUGAGCAAAACGCUUUAAAAAAUUAAACAUUUUAACCACGGGACUUGCACAGUAUCAUCCAAGAAAGAAGGGACACUUACAAGCAAAAAAACAAGGUUUUAUUCUCAGAAAGGGACUUUUUCCCUUCUAGACCUUAAUCCUAAAUAGCUCCUUCAGUUUAUUUUUUGCACAAAAAAUGUGAACACCCUGUGGCCAGGCUUAUUAAAUAGGUCUUAGUUGAAUUCCAGCUUUCAUAUAAACUUGAUUACGUACCCAAGGCCCAGUAGGUAUCUAAUGAGAAACUCGCGCACUGAGAGCUCAGUAUACUUCUGUUUUAGCUCCGUAGGCCACAGCCCUCAGUAUACAGAGUGGUGUGGCUUUACCCAGGGAAUAGCAUUAUGGAUACAGGUUGCUCUAAGGUUAUGUAUCUGUGACCGACAGCACCAGUACACCUCUUCUGACACUUUCACAACCAAAUAUAAAUAUAUUAUAUUAUAUAAUAUAUAACCAAUGUAUCCCUGGUGCUGGUUCUGUUACGCUUGAUGUAGAUGGUUUGAUGUAGAUGGUAUUUGUUGGAUCAGGCAAUGGGAAUCAGAGCCAGCAUCCUUUCCCCAAGAAUUUAUCGAACCAAAGAAAAGAAAGGGACAACUAGACAAUGUAAAAAAAAAAUAUAUAUAUAUUUUAGACAAAUCAGAUCAACUCAAGGACUCUGAUCCGAUGGUUCCUGAAAGGCUUAUCCGCUACCAAAUUGGAAUGCUCCCUUUAUGCAAUGGGAAUGUGCUCAAAGCCUGUUUACCUGUCAGGCAUUUUCUGCUGGUGGCUGGCUGCCUCCUCUCUACACCAGCCAUGAUCACGUGUGUUGUGUUGUG